AAAGAGCAGGAUCCUAGAUCCCCCCAAAAUACCUCAAUCAGUCAACACAGAAGGUGUUCAAUGCUGGCUCCGCUUUGAGGCAGUGCCUAAAUCAAUAUAUUAUUGCUUCUAAAUUCAAUCCCAGGCUCCCUCGUUUAUUUGAGAUAAUCUUUCAAAAUGGCGGACGAGAAGGCACCGAAAACAGCUGAGGAGUUAGAUCAAGAACUGGACAACUACAUCGACAAGAUGAUCGAGAAAAACAAAAACUAUAAAUACAAAGAUCGCUUGUCUGAGGAAACCUGGGAAGAGUCACAGAAUGUGAGAGAUGGAGGCUUACUGAACUGGCUCUUUCCAUGCUUUGCCAACUUCUUUAAGAGCUUCAGAAGAGAAGAGGAAAUAGAGAAUAUUCCACUGUUUAUGACUAAGCCUCCAGAAGAAGGGAAAAGCAUCUCUGAUAGUAUAGCUGCUCUACAAGCUAUUAAAUAUGAAGAUGAGAACCCUGUGGAGAAUGCUUUGUCAUACAAAGAGGAGGGCAACUAUGAAUACAAGAGGAAGAAUUUUAAGAAAGCAAUAGACGCAUACACAGAGGGAAUCAAGCUCAGAUGUCAAGACGGCCAUGUCAACGCUAUACUCUACACCAACAGAGCAACUGUCAACUUCUCAUUAGGAAAUAACAGAUCUGCUUGGAAUGAUGCCAAAACUGCUAGAAAAUUUGAACCCAAAUAUAUGAAGGCCAUUGCCAGAGGUGCAGCAGCUACUAUGGAAAUGAAAAUGUAUGAAGAAACUAUAAAGUGGUGUGAUGAUGGAUUAGCAAUUGAGCCUGAUAACAAGACAUUGCUCAAGCUCCGGACAGAUGCAGCCUCUGAACAGAAAAAAAUUGAGAGAGACAAACGUAAAGCAAAAGCAGAAAAGAAAAAAGAAGCAAAAGAAAUAGAUGCUGUUCUUAAGGCUAUUGAAGAGCGGAAAAUAAAUAUCGAGAAGCAAAAGAGUGGGAAGAACAAAGAAGAUGAGGAUGAGGACAAUGUUCUUAUCAAUAAAUUUGAGGCACUUGGUCUCCAGUCAUUCCACCCGUCAGGGGCACGUGUUCAACUUGACGAGAACAAGAAGCUCUACUGGCCGGUCAUGUUUUAUUACCCUGAGUACAAGGAAUCCGAUUUCAUUGGUGCCUUCUAUGAGGAACACUGUUUUCUGGACCAUUUUAAGGUCAUGUUUACUGACGAGGUAGCUUCUUGGGAUGAUGAGGCGAAAUAUGAACCCUACGCGCUGGAGGUGUAUUUUGAUAACCCUAGCAACAAGCAUUUGUGUUUUGUUGAAAGUUCAACGGCACUCAAGGACGUGUUAGUCGACCCUAGGUUUCUGCUCCGCCAAGGUACUCCAUCCUUCAUCAUACUAGUGAAAGGUUCCUCCUUUAGGGAUGACUUUUUAAAACAGUAUACCGUGGAGAAAUGAUGACCCGGAAAUUAAGGAAAUUAAAACAAGCGUGCGUCAUUUAAUAUAUCGGAACCAAAGGAUGAUUAGACAAGCAAGAAAGAUAAAGACCAAUCAAAUAAAUGAGCUACGUUGACCCGAGAUCAAGACUAACGCCUUCAAUAUUCAACUCCUUGUAUUGGGAAUAGCACUUUUUCACUAUACACCUGGAGCCAUUGACGGCGCGGUGUUUUCUUGUAUCUCUAUGGCAACUGCCUGUUCGUACGAAGGAGGGUGCUCUUGGAUAAAUCCCAAGUUGUUAGAGCUGUACGCGGGAAGAGUAGACGGGAAUCCCAGCUCAAGCCUUGUCUGUGAUGGCCGGUCGAUCUGGGAACCACAAUGGGCACAUACGCCCGAGUUAUCCACCACAUCCUCAUCCCAGCACGCUGGGUUGCAACAUUUGAUUGGACAGUUAACAAUGACGUAACCAUAUAUGGCAAAAGUAAUCACUCCCACAAAAAGUAUGCCCCAAAGGACCAAACUUGGCACGCGCAGCUCCGAGUACAUCCCGGAAAAGCCCAUGAAUGUGAUUGACACCGCUGCCAUGGCGACAAGCAUAAAGAUGAAACACGGCCGUAGCAUCUUUGCUUCUUCUCUUGUCGUCCACAUGACGUGAUGCAAAUCGGUCACUUCUUCAAACUCUGUUUCGAAACUGUAAUGUAAAAGAAUCUUUGAUUAUUUAGUUUGUUUACUUUCAAUCAAGACGAACCUGUCUAGCAGUUGGUCACAACACUUAUAUUAUUAAAAUAAUAUACGACUUG